AUGGCUCCACCAGCCGGUAAAGAUGUUCUUGGUUUGUUUAUACAUUUGAAUCAACAAGUUGCCAAAGCCGUUCAGCUGUUGUACCUCGGGAACGACGAAGCAUUUUCUGAGUCACUGCUCGAACAAGCCUGGAACUGCUCCCUAAAGAUUGAGCGUGUACUUGCAGUAUCAAAUGACGCCCAAAUUUUCGAAAACGAUGCUCCCACUAAGUCUUUUUCUAUGGUUCCGAUGACUCCAGUGAUAAGUGUCUAUCAACUAGAUGGCAGUGUAUAUGUGCGACUUCAAUUCUGUAGCUCGAUCUCCACCAAUCACAUACUAAUGGUUCGCAUUACUAGAAACGAUGGUCGAGACAGAGCGGCGUGCACGCAUAUCAUCCUCUUAGCAAAAGAUGAAGAUCCUAUGAAGCCUCUGGCUUACCAACCAGCUAUGAACAAUAAUUGGGUUAGAUUUCCGUGGAAAGGUCUGUGCGAAAAAUGUCCGGUAAUUUUGCAUCUCCUUGAUCACAGUCUCUUACCCGUAAAGAUGGUGAGCAGCGUCUUGUGUACGAUCCCGAGAAUACCAACUUCCGGAAAGCUUCCUACCACUAUGUCGGUGUUUACUUUACAAGAUUCAUGCGGUCCAGGUUCGCCCAAGAGCUGGACGGGUUACGACAAAGUCAAGGAUCUAAAUGAUUGGGAUGCAUUCAGAGCAGUUAGACGUAUAGGAUUCAGACUGAAAGGCUCCAAAAAUUGUGAGAAGGUGGUGGAAGCUACGGAAAAGGCAGAAAUUGUCAACAUGGGAAGAUCAUUAGGAAUGACAGAAAGCUCCAUUAGGGAUAUUCGCAACGAUGGAACCGAUACUGACAGUAAGUAG